GUUGGUGACGUCUGGCUACGCAUGCUCGCUUCCUUUCUACUACACGUGAAGUUAGACAGAAAUUGAAGUCAUGUCUAAAGCCAAACAAAAGCGGGCCAAACGUCUGGGCCUCAUGGGCAAGUUAAAGAGUAAAGAUGGACGAAUGGGUGAAGCUUUAGGGCGGAAAAAGAACACAGAGCAGUCUUCUGUACAACAAGUCAAAGAGCACAGAAAACCAGAAGAAAUCAGGAAACAAAGGCUUCAGGACCUCCAAGAAAAGCAGAAGCUCUCCAGAGAACGAGAGAUGAUGAAGAGGAGGAAUUUACUGAACUUCCAGAACGACAUCCUACAACGACAGAGGGAGUUUGAGCAGAGAGAGACGGAGAUGCAGAGUUUAGAAAAACAUGUUAAUUUUGAGAAUGAAAAUUCCAGAAAAGCCUAUUACAGAGAAUUUAAGAAGGUUGUUGAAGCCUCGGAUGUGAUUUUGGAAGUGUUGGAUGUACGUGACCCUCUUGGAUGCAGAUGUCCUCAGGUGGAGCAGGCAGUCAUUCAGAGUGGAACUAACAAGAAGAUUGUGUUAGUGCUUAAUAAAAUUGAUCUGGUGUCCAAGGAGAUUGUUGAAAAGUGGAUCAAGUAUCUUCGUAAUGAGUUUCCCACUGUUGCUUUUAAAGCGUCGACUCAGCAGCAGAAUAAGAACUUGAAACGCAGUAACGUACCAGUUACACAAGCCACUGCUGAACUGCUGAGCACUAGUGCUUGUGUUGGUGCAGAUUGUUUAAUGAAGCUGCUUGGAAAUUACUGCAGAAACCUGGACAUAAAGACGGCCAUUACUGUUGGUGUUGUAGGUUUUCCUAAUGUGGGGAAGAGCAGUUUGAUCAACAGUUUAAAACGAGCACGAGCAUGUAACGUCGGAGCGACUCCCGGUGUCACAAAGUGCCUUCAGGAGGUGCAUCUGGACAAACACAUUAAACUUUUAGAUUGUCCUGGCAUUGUCAUGGCAACAUCAACAUCCGAUGCAGCAAUGAUUCUUCGCAACUGUGUGAAGAUCGAACAGCUGGUAGAUCCACUUCCACCGGUUGAAGCCAUCCUCCGACGCUGUAACAAGGCACAGAUCAUGGAGCACUACGGGGUUCCAGAUUUUCAAACAGCUCAGGAGUUCUUGGCGCUGCUUGCACGACGCCAAGGCAAACUCAGGAAAGGGGGACUGCCUGACACAGACAAAGCAGCCAAGGGCGUAUUAAUGGACUGGACCGGGGGAAGGAUCAGCUACUUCACGCAUCCUCCGGAGACACACACCCUUCCCACACAUGUCAGCGCACAGAUUGUCAUGGAGAUGGGUAAAGCUUUUGACUGGGAAGAACUGGAAAAAGGAAAUCAGGAGGUUCUAGCAGAGUCAUCCUGUGCUGAUGUCCAAAUGGGAUUCUGCAUGGAAACCUCUGGAAUGACACAAGGCGGUCAGGGUGAAGCACCGUCUGAGCUGGAAAUGGAGGGAGGGUCAGUGGCCGAGUCAGAGUUCCAAGAGGACACUGAAUCUAUGCAGGAUGACCAGGAUCCAGAGUUUGGGCCAAUGACAGUGGAGAUAAAGUCUCAGAAGUCAAAGGCUGACUUACCGGCAAGUGAAGCAGUGUCCAGGGCUCCAGAUUUGAAGGAUAUCUUGAAUGUGGAUCCUCUGCAGCAGGGCCAUGCACUCGUCGCUGCAAACAAGAAGAGGAAAAAGCAACAGAAAAGAGCUGACAAAAUCGCCACUAAGCUUUCAGACUCCCUGACAGCUGCAAUGGACUUCUCUCUUUCAGAUUUCUAAUCUAAUUAAAAAUAUAUUAAUUCA